CAAAUAAUAAUUACGUUAUAAGAUACGUUAUAGAUAAUGACAAGAAUAUCGAUAAACCGUAAAGUAGAAUGUAUAUAUUACACGAGGGUGUCAGUUCGAAUAUUAGUUUACAAUAGUUAAGACAAAAACGUCGUCGAGUUAAACGUUAAAACGAUGACUAAAAGUCUCAACGAUGCGUUUUUUCCUUUGUUAAUUACAAGUUCCAUAUUGGGAUUAACUGUUCUUGAAUGGCCAAUGAGUAAAAUAAUAACAUACGUUAAUAUUUUAUAUAUCAUUUUGUUAUGGAUCGUUUAUUUUAUCUCUGUCAAAUAUUUAGCUAUUUAUGAAAGUUUUAGUAAUUAUUAUAAAAAUGGUCCAUCAGUUAUUAGUCUUUAUUUCAUUGAAGUCACGACAAUUGCAUCUGUGUUAUCUUACCUGUAUAACAGUAAAAAUCUUGUAAAAUGUUUGAAGAAGAUGUCCGUGUUGGAUGAUACUUUGAAAGAGCUUGGUUUUCAAAUGGAAUAUACGAAAAUACGAAAAUUAAUGAUACUCGUUGUUGUUGGAUGGUUCAUAUCAACUAUCUUAUUGAACACUUGUGAUAUAAUAUUAUCUUCGAUAUACGGUAUUCUCCCAAUUAUUAUAUUAUGUGUAACUAAUCAUACUGUUCAUAUCAACACAAUUUUGGAUCUUUCAUUCAUCAUUUUUUUAUUGUAUCAAAGAAAUAGAUUUCGUAAAUUAAAUGAAUAUAUAAUUCAACGUUGUCAGGUUAAAGAUCGCACGAGAAAUAUGUUUGAAGAUCAUAUGACUAAUACGACAUAUUGUUCUAACGUAAUGAAAACAAAUUUGGAGGAUUACGAUAUUUGGAUAUCAAUGCAUAUUCAUCUGGAAUUAAGUAGGAUUUGUAAUAAUCUCAAUACAAUAUUUGAAAUACCAAUGUUAUUAGAGAUGAUAUCUUUCUUUAUUUCUGGUAUAGCCUUAAUUGGUGAAUUGUAUGCAACACUUACCAAUUCAGAUCCUUUGGAUGAUAAAAUAGGAAUUGUCUUAAAUCUUCUUAUAUGGAAUUCAUUUUAUUUCAUGAAAUUAUAUGUUAUCAACUAUACAUGCGAAAUAGUCAAAGUUGAGGCAAACAGAACACAAAUACUUACUCAAAAAGUAAUGGAUUAUCUUUGUUUAAAGAUACGUGCCGAGGUUUUUCAAUUUAUAUCCGAAAUAAAUUAUAAACGAGUGAACUUUUCCGCAUUUGGUUUUUACGAAUACGGUUAUACUUUUAUUCAUCAGUUUUGUGGAGCAAUUACGACAUAUUUGAUAAUCUUACUGCAAGUAGAAACUACUCCUAAUAAUUUUAAUAACACUACAUCUAUUGUCAAUUUUAAAAUGUAAAAAAAA